UGGUCCUCUGAUCUUCGAAAGCUAGUGAAUGUGCAUAAAGCCUAUAUCAAUGCAGUGAAAGUAGUAGAAAAUAUUCAAAUACGAACGCGCUAUUAUAAUAUCUAACUGAGAAAACAUCAGUGAUAAGACAAAGUGUUUUAAAGACAGUAAUUUAGUGAAUAUAUUAAUAGAUUAGAUCAGUGAUGUGCUUUCAAUAAUACCACAACAGUCAUCAAUCAGAACAAAUCAGUGGAUUGCUACUCUGAAUAUAAAGAAAGUAUUCAUAUUGGGGUCGUAAGAGAAUCGAUAUCCCAACUUCCAUAAUGAUCAUCCAGAAGAACAACAACAUCAUUCCCAACUUCCUCAACGAACAGUUCUUCAAAACUGUUAUAGCGAAUAAAAUUGGUUCUAAGGUCUUCGAACUCACCGGGCUGGAUUACUCAAUGGGAUGCAAUCCUGGUGAUAAUCAUUUGAGCUAUGUUUACCGUGUACAAGCUACUUAUAGAAAAAAAGGAUUGGGAACCCAAGUAGGACAUUUUAUUGUCAAAUGUGUUCCUUUGGAAGGUGACAGGGAGGAGUUUGCAGAGAUGGACAUUUUCCAAAAGGAAAAACUAAUGUAUUGUGACAUCAUACCGCGGAUUGAGAGCUGCUUAGAUGAUAUAAAAACUGCACCUAAGUGCUACUACGUUACAACCGAGCCCAUAGCGACCAUGGUCUUCGAAGACAUGAAACCGACGGGAUACGCUAUAGCAGAUCGCGUCAACGGGGUGGACAUAGACCAUUGCAAAGCCUUCUUGAAGAAGCUAGGCCAGUAUCAUGCUGGUUCCAUGAUACUUCUGGAAAAAGAUCCUUCGUUGAGAGAAUCAGAAAAUUUAAAGCAUGGUAUAUUUUCGUCGGUUAGCUUCAGCAAACAAACUUUGGCAAUUCCAACAUAUAUGAAUCUAUCAAGACUUAUCGAGUAUGCAUCAAAAUGGAGUGGCUAUGAAAAAAGCGUGGAUAAACUAAAAGACUUUCUUAAAAAUAAAAACUUCCUCGAGAAAGUUUUAGAUGGAAUACGAAUAUCACCAGGUGAUAUAGUAGCGAUCUGCCAUGAGGAUUGCUGGGUAAACAACAUCCUUUUCCAAUACAAAGACAAUGUGGUAACUGAUGCUGUUCUUAUUGAUUUCCAAGGAUGCACCCGAGGGAGUAUAGCACUUGACAUUGUCUACUUUUUUGCUGUCGACGUAGAACUAAGUGUCUUGCGUAAAGAUAGGAAUCAACUGAUUGAAGACUAUUAUUACCCUGCCCUCCGAGAAGCACUCGAAAAAGGUUCUUAUAAGGAUAUCCCGACACUUGAAGAUGUCAAAAAUGAAGUCAAAAAGAAAGCUAUGUUUGGACUUUUCGGUGUAAUCAUGGUCUUACCUCUAAUCUCAAUGAAGAGAAAAGAGGGAGCUGACGAUACUAUGGAAGCAAUGAAAGAUAGAAAGAAACUAGAAAAGUUCGCUGACUUGGCUUGUUCAUCAGAGCGAGUUCAUGAAAGUCUAAAAAUUUUCCUGAAGGAUUGCGAAAGUUCUGGAUUACUUGAUUGAUGACAUUGUCCGGCCAUCGAACUACUACACCAAUUUCAUUCAGUAUUUUUAUUAGCGUACUUGGGAUUCAAACUAUUAAUUCAUAAUAAACAUGUGAAAACCGAA